AAAGGUGCAAGUGAAGGUCAAGGUCUUGGUAAUGCUUUUCUAUCACAUAUAAAAGCAUGUGAUGGUAUAUUUCAUAUGGUUCGACUUUUUGAUGAAGUUGAUAUAGCUCAUGUUGAAGGAAAUAUUGAUCCUAUUCGUGAUAUUGAAAUUAUUCAUGAUGAAUUAAGAUUAAAAGAUCUUGAAUUAACAAAAAAAAUUGCUGAUGAUUUAGACAAAAAAGUCGUACGUGGAAAUGAUAAAACAUUAAAAAUUGAUUUGGAGACCAUACAUAAAGUUUUAACUGCAUUAAACGAAGAAAAAGGUAGUAUUCGUUUUUGUGAUUGGCAUGAAAGAGAAAUUGAAGUUUUAAAUAAACAUUUAUUUAAUACAUCAAAACCAAUGGUUUAUUUAUUAAAUAUGGCUGAAGAAGAUUAUAUUAAGAAAAAAAAUAAAUGGUUAGGAAAAGUUAAACAAUGGAUUGAUGAACAUGAUCCUGGUGCAACAGUUAUACCAUUUAGUGCUAAUUAUGAAUAUCGUCUUGUUGAUUUACCUGAUGAAGAACGUGAAAAAAUUAUUAAAGAAACUGGAGCACCAAGUGCAUUGGAAAAAGUUAUUCUUGCUGGUUAUCGUUCAUUACAAUUAUGUUAUUUUUUUACUUGUGGUAAAGAUGAAGUUAAAGCAUGGACUAUUCAAAUUGGUACAAAAGCACCACAUGCAGCUGGGCGUAUACAUACUGAUUUUGAAAAAGGUUUUAUAAUGGCUGAAGUUAUGAAAUAUGAUGAUUUUAAAGAAUUUGGAAAUGAGAAUACUGUUAAAGCAGAAGGAAAAUAUCGACAACAAGGAAAAAAUUAUACUGUUGAAGAUGGUGAUAUUAUCUAUUUUAAAGUUAAUGCAGGCGCUGGUUUAAGUGCAGCAAAAAAAUAG